CUCCAUCCGGGUACCUGGCGCUGAAGCAGCUUAUUAGCCUAAAGGUACCAAUAUGGCGGAGGCUUCCUUUGGAAGUUCGAGCCCAGUUGGCUCACUGUCUUCUGAGGAUCAUGAUUUUGACCCCACACCUGAAAUGUUAGUGCAUGAAUACGAUGAUGAGAGAACGCUUGAAGAGGAAGAACAACUGGAGGGAGAGAAGAAUUUCAGUGCAGAAAUUGCAGAUCUGGAAAAGGAAGGUAACAUGCCUUUAGAAGAGUUACUAGCCAUUUAUCGUUAUGAAGCCUCAAUGAACCCAGUUGCUGGUUCAAGUGUUGGUAGCUCACCUGAAGAACUUGCUGAUGAGUUACCUGAUAUGACGCUAGAUAAGGAAGAAAUUGCUAAGGAUCUCUUAUCUGGUGAUGAUGAAGAAACUCAGUCUUCAGCUGAUGACCUGACGCCAUCAGUCACAUCGCAUGAAACUACAGAUUUUUUUCCUCGAACUCUGAGGUCAAACACUAUAUAUGAUGGGGAUAAAGAAUCCGAGGGAGAGGAGGAUGGAGUCAAUCCCUCUGAAGAUUCAAGAAAGGAAAUAAUGGUAGGGUCACUGUACCAAGCUGAAAUUCCAUUUCGCAUGUCCAACUAUGCUGCCGAAUACAAGGGUUAUGAAGGGGAAGACCAGCUACUUUGGAGCCCUGAUGUUUUGUCGGAAACUGAGGUUAAAGCAUUUCUGCUUGAAUCCUCAUUAAGAAUAGGUGAUGGGAAGACAGGGUGCUUGCCGGGUGGAGUGCAUGUACGAGACAAUGAGCAAGCUUUAUAUGAGUUAAUGAAGAGUAACUACAAUGUUCAUGAAGCACUUGAAAGGUACCAUAGCAAUGGUAGAUCAAUGAAAGAUGAAAUGGUCCCUUGGACAGAAGAAGAAUGCAGAAACUUUGAACAUGCACUUCAGAUAUAUGAUAAAAAUUUUCACCUCAUCCAAAAACAUAAGGUCAAGACAAGGACUGUUGCAGAAUGUGUGGCAUUUUAUUAUGUGUGGAAAAAAUCAGAGCGAUUUGACUACUUUGUCCAACAAAAUAGAUUUGGAAAGAAAAAGUACAGCAGCUACCCUGGUGUGACGGAUCUUAUGGAUCGCCUUGUUGAUGAAGCUGAGGGUUUAGGGGUAGAUGGUUCAUCUUCUGUGUGCUCAAGUAGUGGAAGAAUAGAGCCUAUUCCUGAACAACAACUCAGCAUUCUAAAUUCAAUAACUGCGAGUGAUCUAACAGCUCUCACCAACAGUGUAGCAACUGUUUGUAAUUCAGCAGAUCUGGAUACCUACAAUUUUCCAGCGCUGGACAGCUUACACAGAGGACAACUGAAUCACGUGCCUAUUGUAAAUGAGGAGCCUCUUAAUUAUACUACCAAUGGAGAUGCAGACUGCUUGAAUUUACUUGAUGCUGGAUUCUACCAUUCAGAUUUGAACCAAAUUAAUAUGUGCAGUGAAGACUGUGAAAGGCCUGCAAAGAGAUUAAAAAUUGGCAUUUCUGAACCAUUCAUAAAUGACGUCUCUGUAAAUAACAUUGGUGUGGAUUUUGAAAACCAUACACAUCAUAUAACAAGUGCCAAGAUGGCAGUAUCAGUGGCAGACUUUGCAAGCUUGUCGUCAAAUGAUUCGAAUGGAUUCAUGAACUCUCAUACACUACAUCAACAUGCAGCUCUUCAGUCAGAGUGACUAGCAGUGGCACAUUACCAUUAAACUUGAUGGAAAACUGUCAAGUGUGUAUAUGUGUGUGUGUGUAUAUAUAUAUAAUAUAUAAUAUAAUAUAUAUUAUAUAUAAUUAUAUAUAUAUAUAUAUAUAUAAUAUAUACACACACACACUCAUUCACUGGAAGUUUGAACCUUUUUUACUAUGACAUCAGUGAUGUCUUUUAUCAUACAGAACUAAAUCUUGAUUUCUCAAGAAUUAAUAUAGCCAUUUAUUUUUCAGUCUUAAAUGUGGAAGUGUCAUACAUUGAUCAUAUACUGAAGUAUGAAUUUAAACUGAAUAUUGUGGUGUGAGCUCUGCUUUUUUUUUUUUUUUGUUUGGGGGGUUGGGGGGGAGUGUUGUUUGAGCCUUGCAAUGACGUAUGGCCACAUUGCUAAACCAAUGAUAAGGUUUUGAACCAUUUACCAUAGCUGCCAUAACAGCUUGUUCAUUUUAUAUGGGUACUUUGGAAUAUCAGUGUUUACAGGUACCACGACCAGACCCUGGCUAAUGUAGCAUUUUCUAUAAAUGGGGGUCCGGUCUUUCCUAUUUGAACACAUGCACAUUAGUGCUAAGACUUUCCUUUAAAGGCGCCUUCUGUACAUUAAAAGGAGCACUUCAGUUUACGGAGGAGUCAUUUGAUUGUGGUAGCAGGCGUCUGAACUGCAGCUGAAAAGUGGAAAAAUCAUCUGUCCUUGCAGCUAGGUGUUGUGGCUGCUGUACACCAAAAGUGGAACUUUGCUGCUGUUUUGUUUUUUUUUUUUGUUUUGUUUUUUUAACACCUUGGAUAAUUGGCCAGAAAUUGAAUAGUGUCACUGUAUUCUUUUUGUUAAAAAAAAAAAAAAAUCCAGAUCCAGCAACAUGAUCGACUGUAAUAUAGUCUUGUGUCCCUGAUGGAGAUUUUUGAAGCAGAGGAUAGUUGAAACAGAAGAAGAAGAAAAAAAAAGAUUGACACUUCUUACAAUUUUUAUUUUUUUUAUAUCACACUUGGUGAAACUGCAGUUCAUAUUGUUUAAAAGGGUGGAAUUACGAGUAUUUAAGGUAAAAUUUUGUCCAUUUUGGCACAGUUAACCCCUAUUACAGAACUUAGUUCAAAUUGUCUGGCACAAUUUAAACAAAGUGAAUUAUCUGAGGCUGUAAGUGAACCUCAUCUGUUGAAGUAAGCAUUCUUUCUUUGAGUAAUGCAGUGAUUACAAUUCUGUAUAUCUGAAUGUGUCUAUAGUGAUUAUCUAGGGUGGGUAUUUAUUUGAAAUAACAACAUGAACUGUACAGAUUUCAUCACAUGUUGACCUUUAUUAUUCUAUGUAUUUUUUUAACGCUUUUUCAGUAAUGUAAAAAUGAACUUUAUUUGCUAAUAGGCACAUUUAAUUUUUAAUUUGAUAAGUAUGAGGAAAAUCUAUUUUGACUGACUUGAGUACUGUUUGUAUGUUAAGCGGUGUGCAUGUACACAUUGGGUUCAGUAGGCUUGUCAUGGUGAAUAAAUAUUGUUAAAAUGUUUUUAAUGUCAAAAAGGACAUAAAUGCGCAAGAACACUUAACGGGUAGCCAUGGCUUCGCCAGUAUUAUGUCAUUUCCUUCAUUGCUGGCUCAUUGUUGCAGUGUUUUGUGCAAGUUUUGCCUUGUGUGAAAUUCCUAAAUUACAACUAUUUGGUGAAUUCAUUUGCAUCAGGAAAAUGACAUGCACAUUAGUAAUUAAUUUUCAGUUUAUUGGUUGCUGUUCUGUCUCAUUUACUCAUGACUGAGAAUGCCUUUACCUAAAGCUCAUGUGACCAUUCCCAUCGUCAGGUGUUAAUGCAGUACUAGUGUUUACUUAAUUUUAUCUAUGCAUUAGAAUAAAUCUGAAGUAUGUUAGAAAAAAUUAUUUCAGGGCUACUGAUUUUGAAUGUCAACUUGCUAAAUCCUCUGAAAAGGCAUUGCUUCAAGGGACAUUGUAAAACUUUUUGUCAGGCCUGAUGCAGAGAUUAGAAGGUUACUGAAUUUCUAAAUGUUGGAGUAGUCUUUAAAAGUCGAUCUUGUUUGACCUCUUAAACUUGUGAAUUUGUGUUAAAGACAAAGAUUUCAUUUUAAUUUCUUGUUAUAUUAAGGCAAUAAUUUGUAAAUAUGUAUAGGUAUUUACCUUCUUAAGUUAAUCAUAUUUUCUCUUGUCUAUUGUUUGACCAUCUGCUGUUGUAUACGAGCAGCAUUUCUGUGCAUGCAAGCUGUAAAUUUCACAAAGUGUACCACUAAAAUGGCUUUACAUAUGUAUUUAGCUCUUAUAAUGUUGGCAUUGGCUUUAAAGAUUUAUAUAUAUUUUUCCUGUAAAGAACUUAAUGAUAUAGAAUUUAAUUUUGAACAGUUCAGUACGAAGUGAAAUAUUUGGCAACUAAUGUCUGAUGCAUCGGUUUAUGUGCAAGUGUGACUUCUGUUAGGUUAGCAUUCUAGUCCAUUGGCAAUGCUGUUAGAUUCCCCCACAAAAUCUUAGUUACAGGCAUUCUUUUAAAUGUGUUCAAAAAUCCAACACUUUUUACAUUGUCUCUGAAUCGACAACACUGUUUUUGGUAUAUGGAUCAUUUGCUUUAUUUGUAUUUAAUUUGUCAAGCAAUGAACUUUAGGAGGUUUUUAAAAGUUUGACUGCAAAAAUGUGUCAUAUCUCUGCAAUAUUUUGUUUUGCAAAAUGUUUGAAGUAAAUCCGCUUUUUCUAAAUAACUUCUUAGAAGGCUACUUUUAAACACUAAGAGGAACGGAUAAAAUGAAGAAAGAAAAAUAUGGGGAACCUUAACAUCCCUUAGUAAAUAACUAUGAAUCUCUUAAAUGCUUCACGUGACACUCUUAGUGACAGGACUGCACCAUUUUUAAUCUUUAGUUACAUACAGGAAACCUAUUGGCAGAACAAGUCGACGUUUGGUGCUUUUUAUACAGCAAUACCAUUAAUUCUUGACACAGACCGCUUUAUUUUUUUUAUACACUAUCCUAAUUACAUUUUCCCAUCAUUUGUUGAAGGAUGUAUAAUAAUGUUGGUUGAUAAAUACUAAAGUGGGGUACAACUGGGUCAGUUUGUGCAAUUAUUUCCUCUUGUGUUUGCUGUGGUCCAUAAGUUUCUAAAGUCACAGCUUUAGUGAAUGCUAGCAACACAGUACUUAUUUAUUUAUCCAAAGCCUUUACAGGACAGUAUAGAAGAAAUCGGAAUGUAAACUAAUCAAAAUCAUCUUAUUGGGAUGUAUGUGUAUAUUUUAAAGUUCUCCCCUUAAAUCUGUUAUAAAAAUGAUGAUAUUUUAAAGAAAUCUUUAUUAUAAAAAUGUUUCGUAAGCAGUGUAAUGAUUUGUAUGGCUUAUUUCUUUAAGAUCAAGAAUGAGGAGCUCCUAAGUAACAGUAAGUUGUAAAAAAAAAAAAAAAAAAAAAAGUUCAUUUAUUGUGCUUAUGAAAAUUAUUUUAAUUAAUAGCUUGACUUAUAGACAAUCAAAAGACAGCAUUUUAGCAACCGAUGUUCAAGAGGAAAUCUUUAUUGUUUUUAAUAUUUGUACAUAAACACUGAAUUUUUUUUUUUGACUAUUAUUUUGUACUUUCUGUUGUACUUUAAUACUUGGUGUACAGAUCCAGAAAUAAAGCUCUGGAAAUCUUA